UGGCAGGCCCGGCGGCGGCGGCGGCGGCGGCUGCGCGCUGCGGUUCUGCGCUCUCAUCAUGGCGGCGGGAGCGGCGGCGGGUGCGCGAGGCCAUGUGCAGGACCCGAACGACCGGCGCCUGCGGCCCAUUUACGAUUAUCUUGAUAAUGGCAAUAAUAAAAUGGCAAUCCAGCAAGCAGACAAGCUGCUAAAAAAACACAAAGAUCUUCACUGUGCUAAGGUUUUGAAAGCAAUCGGCUUGCAAAGAACUGGGAGACAAGAUGAAGCAUUUACUUUGGCCCAAGAAGUAGCAGCCCUUGAACCCACAGAUGACAAUUCUUUGCAGGCGCUGACUAUCCUGUAUCGAGAAAUGCAUCGGCCGGAGCUAGUCACGAAACUCUAUGAGGCAGCCGUGAAGAAAGUUCCCAACAGUGAGGAAUAUCACUCUCAUCUCUUCAUGGCUUAUGCGAGAGUCGGAGAAUAUAAGAAGAUGCAGCAGGCUGGAAUGGCACUUUACAAGAUUGUCCCUAAAAACCCAUACUAUUUUUGGUCCGUGAUGAGUUUAAUAAUGCAGUCAAUAUCUGCGCAGGAUGAAAAGCUCUCAAAAACCAUGUUUUUACCCCUAGCUGAAAGGAUGGUAGAAAAAAUGGUGAAAGAAGAUAAAAUCGAGGCUGAAGCAGAAGUGGAACUUUACUACAUGAUUCUAGAACGCUUGGAAAAAUACCAAGAAGCUCUGGAUGUUGUGAGAGGAAAAUUGGGAGACAAGUUAACCAGCGCUCUCCAGAGCAGAGAAAACAAAUGCAUGGAGAUGUACAGGAAGCUGAGCAAAUGGCCAGAAUGCAACGCUCUCUCGAGAAAACUUCUGCUUAAAAACCCAGAUGAUUGGCAGUUCUACAUGAUCUACUUUGACUCCCUCUUUCAACUGAUUGACAUGGCUUGGACUCCUCCAGCUGAAGGAGAGCAUUCUCUGGAAGGAGACGUGCAUCACAGCACAGAGCAAGCCGUCGCCUUCAUAGAGCAGAGGCUAAUCCAUGAGUCCAACAGUGCCCGUCCACUUCGGGGUCCAUACCUGGCCCAGCUGGAGCUGAUCAGCCGCUUGCGGCACAGGGGCUACCCUGAAGAGCAGAAAUUGGGCAAUCCAGAAGAACUCAUGUUCCAGUAUUUCAAGAUGUUUGGGGACAAACCUUGCUGCUUUACGGAUCUCAAGGUGUUUGUCGACCUUCUUCCAUCAACGCAAUACACAAAGUUCAUCAACCAGUUGUUGGGGGUCAUCCCCCUUUCCGUCCCACCAGAAGGCAGGCUUGCGCUCCCAGCUAAUAUCAAAGCUUUACAACAGCACCUAUGUGUGAUGCAGUUGACACGGUUGCUUGGACUCUUCCACACCAUGGACACAGCUCAAAAACUGGCAGCAGUCCAGGACAUGAUGUUGCGUUAUCGGCACGGAUUGGAUUUUGGAAAAUCCUGUUUGAAAACAGAGUUACAUCUUUCAGAUUACUACUGCCUGCUUGCUGUUCAUUUGCUCCUUGACAUCUGGCUGGAGGCAGGCGAGGGACCAGCCGUCUGGCAGUGCUUGACUCUGCUAGAGGAAGGGUUGACCUGCAGCCCUUCCAAUGCCCAGUUCAAGUUGCUGCUCAUCCGAAUCUACUGCAUGCUGGGGGCCUUCGAGCCAGUGGUGGAGCUGUACUCCAGCCUCGAUGCCAAGCACAUACAGCACGAUACCAUCGGAUACCUGCUGACCCGCUAUGCCACAGCUUUUGGCCAUUAUGCUGCUGCGUCCCAAUCUUGCAACUUUGCACUCAGGUUUUUCCACUCCAACCAGAAAGAUACCUCAGAAUACAUCAUUCAGGCCUAUAAAUACGGGGCAUUUGAGAAGAUCCCAGAAUUCAUCGCUUUCAGGAACAGGCUGAACUCCUCACUUCAUUUUGCACAAGUCCGCACGGAACGAAUGUUGCUGGAUCUUCUCCUGGAAGCCAAUAUAUCAACAAGUUUGGAAGAAAGUAUUAAAUCCAUGAGCCUAAGUCCGGAAGAGGACGACAUUCCCUGGAAGGACCUGCGGGAUAAUAGAGACCUCACCGUCUUAUUUAAUUGGGACCCGAAAGACAAGAGUAUUUCUGAAGAGCACAGAAAAUACUCCUUGGAGGAAGAGACCACCUGGUUGCAGAUUCGGUCCCUGACAUUACGGUUAAUAGGUGGGCUGCCAGCUCUUAGCCACAGCAGCCAGCCGAAGAACUCAGAAAAAAGCACCGAGAAUGGAGUCUCCUCCAAGAUAGACACCGUCCGGACUCUCCUGCGGCAGCUGGACGAUGCAGUGAGGUCGGGGAAGUGGUUCCUACAGAAAAAUAUUCAGUAUCCGGCCCUCGGGCCUCCUUCUUCACGGAUGGCCAGCUUCUUUGACAGUGGGAGCUGCCAGUCCCAAACCAGCUUGUUUUACCUAGUUAGUGAAAUUUAUGAAUUAGAUACCAAUGGCUUAGAAGAUUCCAUGGCAAUUCAAGAGCGAAUAGGAAAUUGUUUGAAAUCAUUACUGGAGCAACUAACAGAUCAGGUCAAUAAAUGCAAAGGCGAUUUGUUGGAAGUCAGAGAGGGCAACUUCAAAACUCAUCCAAAUAUUUUAGAAAACCUGGUCUUCUUUGUGGAGACCACCUCCCUCGUCUCGUGGGUCUGCAGUUACUCGGACGCCAUCCUUCGGCCCUGGAAAUCAACCCUGCAGAAGAAGAAGAAGAAGAAGAAAGACAGCAGUGGAGCCCUGCCUCCUGUGUUCACCAGCUUCCAAGAUUAUGUUUCUGGACUCCAGACGCUCAUUUCCAACGUGAUAGAUCACCUCAGAGGGCUUGAAAUUAACUUAACUGCACUUAAACUUGAAGAGCUGUACAUAGACAAUAAUUCACUUUUGCAGGAAGAAAAGAAGUUUACAAAGACUGCGCUAGGGAAAGUCCAGAGUAGUUACCAGCACGCGGUUCAAGAAAUUGGAGAGCUGCUGAAAAAGAGACUCGAUACAAUAAAAAAUCUAAAGGUUUGAUGAAAUGCCUCCUUGUGGAGAAAGUCAGACUGAAGCAUUGGCAUCAGAUAAGCAAGAUCUACCAUCCCUUCUGUGUUAAAAUCUGGAACUUCCUCAUAAAUGCAUGAAGGACUUUGAUCACAAACUUUUUUUAUGUAUUAAAAUAUAUAUUCAAGUCGAUUAAAUUAUUGUACAUUAAAAGAAUGGACACAGGGACCCUCCACGGUCAGGGUUAGACCACUUUUUAUACAUGUUCAUAAGCAGAUCACAACAGAUUCUAGAUCCCCGGCCUAACUCAUUGCCUCUCCCUUGGCUCUGGGGGAGGGGAGGUUCUUCAGAAACUGUGGAGAGUCUCCAACUCUUUAGAAGCAGCAGUAGGAAUCCAGUGUAAAGCAUAUUUCAAAGGAAUUUGUACUUUCUCCUCUCCCAUAGGCAAGGCAGCGUUUAUUUUGUGUGCACGUUUUUGCCCUACAGAAGCAAAUGACCAGGCCGGAGGUCAUCUGUGGACACCCUAAGCAUCUCUUGGGCUCUCCUGCUUCUGCUAUAGCCAAGUAAAUCUGACCAUUGAACGAUCUGGUUUACAACAGGGUCUUUUAUUCUCCUUUAUGUAUGCAACUUCCCUUACAGCCGUUCGAAUUGGUUGGAAAGAGGGCCAGCGUCAGUUAUCGCAUCAAACCUCCUUUUCCAUACCCUGUAAAUGCCGCAGAACAGCGCUGUCAGUUAAAGCCACUCCAGUGGUUUCCAAGAAAAUGGAAAAACUUGGUUUAGAAAUGCGACUGGACCUAGAAUUCCAUAGGAAUCAGGUAAACGGUUAUCAAUGUAAGUGGUGGCAAAAAAACCCCACAACAGAGCUGUUGUUAUUUUAAAGAAAAUAGUCUGCCGUCUAAAGCUGUGCGGUGGUGCCUUGAUGUUUCUUCCACUUUCAGAGUUGGCAUGUUGAGGCAGGCUGGCUGAGUUGAGCUGAGCCGCAGUUUUUUCAUAUUUCUAAUUUCAAAGCGCUCCCGAAUAUGUAUUUAUAAGGUGGAUUUUGGAUGGGACCCAAGAAUGGAGAACAAGAAGCUCCAACUGCUUUCAAAUCCUCCCACCCUUUUCGCAUUCAGAACUCCCAAAAUACCUGUUGAGCCACGGAGUAUUUCAAGUGCUCUGCAUUUUGACAUUCAAGCUGUUGGGUGAAAAAAGGGUUGCGUUCCUGCGUAGCCAGUUGCGGUUACUGAUGGCAAGUUGGCCUUUCGUUGUGCACAUUCGUAGCAGGUUUCACUUUUCUGUGAUAUCACUAAGCUCGUGUUUUCCGAGUUGACUUGAGAGAAUUGAUUGGUUACCAUUGUAUUUUUUUUUAAUCAGUGGGUACUAAAAACCACAGGAUGUGGUCCUGUUUUUUUCCUAAGCAAUGGCCAGAUUGAAAGGAAGUCUCGUGAACGUAAGACUUUACGGCCGGGAAGAUAACCAGGUAGCAUCAGAGUCAGGUAAGCUAAGGUAACCCCAACUAUAUGGGUUACUUUCUCGUUAGCCAGGAUCCAGACAUUGAAGCAGUGGCCUUGGUUCAGCCGAAGGGGUGUUCAGCCCGAUUUAUUGCUGUCUGCCAGCAUAUCCAGCAUGUUGAUGGGCUGUUUUUUCCCUUUUGCACAAACAUGUGAAAUUCUGAAUUGUGAUAUAAUUAUUUUGUCCAAGUCUUCUGGAAGUGGGUCAGCGUACUUGGGGGUAUUUAAAAAGAGCUAAAAGCUUGAGAAUAAGUAAUCCUUUGAUUCAGGGUCCUUCCGAGGCAACUUCUAGGAAUGAAAACCUUUGGGUUAUAUUUUCUGUCAGGCUGCAAACUCAGUUUCCUUUUGAGGAAGAAGAACAUCUGUGCAACUGUGUUUCCUUUCCAAUGUUGGAAGUUUAGGGUUUAUCAUUUUUUAAAUCAUUUUCUUACAUUUAGAAAUUGAAUUUAUAUUUGAAAUUCCGAUAAUUGAAUCAUGGGGUUUGUUUUGCCUCUUAUUUGAGCUGUAAAAGGAGAGGUAUUUGGCUACCUGUUCUGUUCUAACACUGUGGAGCUUCUUUGCUUUGCUUUGCUGUUUUUAAUUUGUGACUAUGUUAAACACCUCAACCACCAACAGAAAUUUAAAAGGAUAAAACUGCUAACAAUCUGCUGUAAACUGAAUGGGUUUAUAAUUUAUAAAAAAAACUCGGUUUCUUUAUAACCAA